AUGCUCCCUGCAACCUUCAAACUGUGUGCUGGCAUCUCCUAUCGUCAUACAAGGAACAUGACAGGUUUAAGGAAGAAUGCCAUUGUGGCCAUCCACCAUGAGCUGAACAGACUGGCAGGUCCAGGCCCCAGUAACUGGAUCAGCCAGGUCCGCCGACGAAGCUCCCUUCUCAGUUCUCGGAUUGAAGAAGAAGAGGGGUACGACGAGGAGGAGAUGUCCUACUUGAAGCAAGGUGAGGAUGCACUGCAGAAGGCCAUCAGCAUCCUCAGCGAACAAGACGGCUGGACCAUUGAAACUGUAGCCGCAAACGGAGACAAAGUCCUGAGUAAGGUGUUGCCUGACAUUGGGAAGGUGUUCAAGCUGGAGGUGAUGUUGGAGCAACACCCUGACAAUCUUUACAAGGAGCUGGUGGGAAAUAUGGAGCAAAUGGGGGAGUGGAACCCUAACGUCAAACAGGUUAAGAUCCUUCAAAAGAUAGGCCAGGACACAAUGGUUACCCAUGAGGUUUCUGCAGAGACACCCGGCAAUGUGGUGGGACCGAGGGACUUUGUCAGCGUCCGCUGUGCCAAGCGCCGGGGCUCCACCUGCUUCCUGGCGGGAAUGUCAACUCAGCACACAAAAAUGCCGGAGCAGAGGGGUGUGGUGAGGGCGGAGAAUGGCCCUACCUGUAUAGUUAUGAAGCCGUGUGCUGAAGACCCAAAUAAGACCAAGUUCACCUGGUUACUAAGUAUAGAUCUUAAGGGCUGGAUCCCAAAGACGAUCAUAAACAAAGUGCUCUCUCAGACGCAGGUGGACUUUGCCAACCACCUCAGGCAAAGGAUGGCUAAUAAUGUUUCUAUGGAGAUGGCUCAUGCCUGCUGA